AUGCUCUACCGGAACAUUGGAGAUGACAGCGUGUGGGCGAAAGCGCAGCUGUCGCAGCCAACGAAGGCCCAGCUUGCCGCGAAGGCCGCCGCGAAGGCCGCCGAGGCCGUGAACGCGAGAUCCCGAAACCUGGCGUCGGGGAAGCCCAAGUCCGCCCAGGAGAUCUUGGCCAGCUUCCGGAAUCACUGGAAGGACAAGGUGGCGGAGCCCGAGGAGCCUGAGGAGCCCGAGGACGCAAAGAAGCCAGAUCCAGACCCAGACCAGGCCUCGAAGAAACUUGAGAAGCAUUCCGACAGUUUCCCACGAAAUCUGUGGCAGGCCAAGGGGAAGCCGGAGGCCAAGCCCAAGAAGCGGGACUCCUCAGAGUCCUCGGAGUCCGACGCGGAAAGGAAGAAGCGCCAAAGGUCACGUUGGUCGCGCUCCUCGUCGAGCUGA